CUCCAGGAAACCUGACGCCGGGUUCAGGAGGUCCCGGAUGUUCUCGUUGUAUAUUUCUAAAUAUGACAUUUUUACCUGCGCGCCCACAGUUCCAAUAUUAGUAUAUAACGUAUAGAUAAUAGAACAUUUUAAAGACUAUACGGAAAUAUACACCGAUGGAUCCAAUUCGGACAACGGUGUCGGUGCAGCAGUGUCAUGUCAAGAUACUGAAAUAAUGUUAAAACUGCCAAAUGACUGUUCCAUAUAUACCACCGAAGCACAAGCCAUAAUUCAAGCCAUCGACCUUAUCAAAAAUAAAAAUAUACAAAAAGCGAUAAUCUUUAGUGAUUCCCUUAGCACCCUUAUGAGUAUACAAAACUCCUAUAAACCAAACGAGACUGCAAGAAGAAUACAGAACCAAAUAUAUAAAUUACAAAAAGAAAACACCUCCAUAAAAAUAAUCUGGAUACCAAGUUAUACAAAUAUCUCAGGAAAUGAAAGAGCUGAUGCACUUGCCAAAGAGGCUACUGUGUCACAAAAUGCAACCCCAUGCCAAGUUUAUUCAAUAACCGACAUCAAACAAAUAAUUAAAAAAAUAAUUUUCAAUAUCUGGCAAAAUGAAUGGAAAACUUCUAACACCAAAUUAAAUGAAAUUAAAAACCACAUUCUCCCUUGGCCAAACAACACACUCACCAGAAAAGAAGAAGUAGUUAUCAAUAGGCUCAGAAUAGGCCACACUAGAUUAACCCACGCCUUCCUAAUGAAGAAAGAAGACCCACCCAUGUGCCCGACUUGCAACGAUCCCAUGACAGUUAAACACAUCCUCACCGACUGCAGAAAGUACGAAUUACAACGUCAAAAAUUCAAUCUAACUCACCAUCUCGCUGAAAACUUCAACAUCGAUACAACUAACGUUCUCAAAUUCCUAAGGGAUACAGAACUUCAUAAAGAAAUUUAAUAUAUAUAUUAUAAGUAUAAUGUACCUACCAUAUUUAAUUUAACUUAUCUAUUAUUAAAUACUAUGUAAUAUUCUUUUGUAGCCAAUGGCCCAUAGUUGCCAAGGCAUUUAUCACAAUAAAAAAAAAAAAAAAAAAUAACUCAAGUAUAUACUCAACUGUAUAUUCGUCACCUUGUAGAUUAUUGGAAGUUAGAACGGCGCCAGUGGAUAAUAUUUAUUACAAUACUCGAAUGUCAAAAUUCAUUCAAUAAACUUAAUUAUGGGUAAAUAUUGUAUUAAUUAGGGCACGGUUAAAAAUUAUAAACAUUAAUGAAGGUAUAAUAACAUCGUUCAACAAAUUAAUUAAUUUCCGUAUUAUAUAAGUUAAGUUGUUAGAAGUUUCAGAAAACUGAAAUUAUUCUGUUAAUUAAAUGUGCAUAUAUAACACGAUAUAAUAUAUGCACGAUAUAUUUUUACACGAUUUUACAGUGGGUCAAAUAAUAUAAAUACUAU